AGCAUCCUCCUCCUCUGUCAGGGACGCUCACACUCAUACAGCUGCCCAAUAUUAGAGAAUACACCCUAGCUUUCCACACACACAUUCUCCUAUAGAUUUAGUAGAACAUCACAUCACUGCAUUUAUCACCAUAAUUUCCUCACUGUACAUUGAUGCAUUUGCUUCAACGGUCGCCGUAGCGGUCAAACCGAUCGUUAUUGUUUUUAUUUCCUUCCUUCCCGCAUCCAAAGACGGAUCUACGUUACAAGAUGGCUGAGUUAAAUUUGGGGAAGGGGCUGACAGCCGGGAAAGUGGCCAGCAACGUCCAGAAAAAACUAACCAGAGCCCAGGAAAAGGUUCUACAGAAACUGGGAAAAGCAGACGAGACCAAAGAUGUUGCCUUUGAGGAAGGAGUUAUCAACUUCAACAAACAAUAUGCUGAAGGCAGCAAACUCCAGAGAGAUUUAAGAGCAUACCUGGAGGCAGUUAAAGCCAUGCAUGAGUCCUCCAAGAACGUGCAGGCAUGUCUAGCUGACAUGUAUGAGCCAGACUGGUACGGGAAGAAUGAGGUGGAUUCUGUUGUGGAGGACUGUGAUGUGCUUUGGACUGAUUACCACCAAAAGUUGGUCGAUCAUGCGUUAAUCUCUAUGGAUACUUACCUGGGCCAGUUCCCUGAUAUCAAGGCUCGCAUUGCUAAGAGAGACAGGAAGCUGGUCGACUAUGACAGCGCCAGACAUAACUAUGCUGCUACACACAAGACCAAGAAAAAGGAUGGGGGCAUUAAAAUUACCAAGCCUUCCUCCUUGUUAGAAAGAGCCACUCCAGGAUGGGCUCAGGGUAUCUUGUCUGCACACAAUGUUGCCCAGAGCAGCCUUUCCAGGAGCCAGGCUGAGGAGGAGUUGGAAAGAGCCCAGAAGGUAUUUGAGGAGAUUAAUAUUGACUUGCAGGAGGAGUUACCUUCACUCUGGAACAGUCGGGUUGGGUUUUAUGUCAGCACCUUCCAGAGUUUGGCUGGCUUUGAGGAGAAGUUUCACAAGGAAAUGAGCCGGCUGGAUCAGGAUUUGUAUGACGUCUUGGAGAAACUGGAAAGCACAGACACGAGCAGCCCACAAGGGGAAUUAACAAAAGCUACGGGAAGAAAGGCAGGUAAUCGCGGCGCCUCAUCAUCAGGAGCAAACAGGAGUAGUGGUAAAGAGGCAACUAACCACACUCUCAGACCAGGAGGACCACCUCCAAUCCCGAAAUCUCCAUCCAAGUUAAAACCAGCCAUGCCUCCUCCACCAAAGGUGACCCCAUCUAAGGAGUUAAAAACAGAGAACAUCAUCAACUUGUUUGAUGCUGCAGCGACUCCUGACAUCAGCGUCACCUCCCCUACAGAGUUCGACAGUCCUGCAGUCAGCAGCCUUUUGGACAUGGACCUGGACUCUUUCAGUGCAGCAACCAAAGCUUCCACGGUCACUCAGCCUGCAAAUUGGGACUCGUGGCCUGAGGACAGUGGUGCCCAGGAAGAAGAAGAAGAAACCAAUCAGCACUUUGAUCCUGUUGCUGCUGCUUCAGAGGCCUGGGGUGAUGACGGUACACAGCCCGUCCACUAUGACCCUAUAGCAGCUGCCACAGAGGGCUGGGGGGAUGAUGGAACCCAACCAAUCCGCUAUGACCCUGUGGCUGCAGCUCAGGAGGAGUGGGGAGAUGAUGAGAGCCAGCCACCUCAUUACGACCCCGUGGCUGAAACCCAGGAGGACUGGGUUGAUGACAAAGACCAAGCAGUUUCAGAGGAGCCAGCCACAGAUGAAAGACCUGCUGAUGAGGCUCCGGUUGAUGUGGCUGAUGUGGCAGAUGCUGCUGAUGUGGCUGAGGAGGACACCACUCAAGCUGCUGCUGUGUUGGAUAAUGAAGAGGGUCAGGGUGAAUCUGCAGCAGAUGCUGCACCUGCAGCAGAAGAAGCAGUGACGGAGGAGACACCAGCAACAGCAGCAAGUGCAUCAGCAGAAGAAUCAACAGAAGCAUCAUCAGAACCUGCAGAAAUGCCCCCCGGCUUCAUGUACAAGGUCCAGGUGAUGCAUGAUUAUGCUGCCAAUGACACAGAUGAGCUUGAGAUGAAGGCCGGUGAUGUGGUGCUAGUAAUCACCUUUGACACCCCUGAUGAGCAGGAUGAAGGAUGGCUGAUGGGUUUUAAGGAAGUCGACUGGCAGCAAAACAAAGAAAAUGCCACUAAAGGAGUAUUUCCUGAAAACUUCACCCAGAGGCUGUGAAAGAGAGGGACACCUUCCUUUGUUAUUUCUGUAUUCCUCUUGAUGAUAUCCCCCUUCCCAACCCCAUCUCUUGCCCCAAUACUGUAUAUUUUCAAGGAUUUUGGCCAUAGAAGCAGAGCUGUGACAGCCCUGGAUGAAAUCAUGCAUUUUUUUAAGGUCUGCUACACUGUGGAUCUUUGCAUUUCUGCAGAUUUCUGCGACCAUUUAGAAAUGGCAGAUGUAGCCAUUUUACAGAUCUAAUUUGUUUCCUGUUUCUCCAUACUUGAGGAAUUAAUUUGACGAUCCUGGUGACACAGGAAAUGCAUGGAUAAUCACCUGUGCAACUGAAAUGUCAUUUUAAUUGCUUAUUCUUUGUUAUGACUCAUCUUAAAAGAGAUGAGAUCUGUUAUACAGGUAAUGAGAAAAGGAGACUGGAGUAAAAUACGUAAGAUGAUGCCAAGUGUAGCAAAGUAACCUCAUAAGCCCUAAAAUCUGCUUUAUAAGAGAGAAGAGGGCAGAACUGCUAAUACUAAGCUGACCAAAAGACAACAAAUACUCACUGAUUCGAGUCCUUACUAUAAAAAGAAGCAUUCACCCAGCACAGUAAAAUGCUGAACAACUAGCCAGGUUCUCCCUCCAAUUCCACCUCAGUAAAAAAAAGAAGAAAUCUUAAAAAAAAAAGAAAGAAAGAAAAAAAAAGUGAUGAGCCGUUAUUGUCUAAGCACUGAGGAAGACUGGUGAUCAUACUCCUGACACAUUGCCUUCAGGAUACAUGCAGCCCAUCCUUUUUCCCUACAUUUAUUGUUGACUUGUUAAAAAAAAUGGGCCAUUGAUUGUUGUAUUAGUUUAGAGUCUGUGGUGGCAUAAGUAGUAUAAUCCUGUUACAAAUCUAAAUAAAGGGCAUAUGCAGUUAACUGGUUAUCAGACAUUAGUUAAAUCAAAGUGACAGCAGGAAUCUAGCAUAAAAAUUUUUGGUGACAGAAUGCGAGCGUUAAUAAAACAGUGACAAUAUCCUAAUUUUUUAAAUGACUCUAAAAUUGUUUGAAAUUGUGUGAAAUCAUUUUAUUAUUUUUAGUUCAAAAGGGAUUCAAGAUAUGCAUAAGCCAGGCUUGCUAUAAAGCUAGCCAACAUUACUGAGAAGCUGCUACUGGUAAUAUAGUAGUUAUCACCCUAACACUAAUCUAAUAUAUAACUGAGCCAGCCUCAUCCAUGUAGAAAUAAUAAAAGAAAAUGUGCCGAAAUAAAUGCCCUCUAUUUGCAUAGAGACUACUAAACUUCAAUGCAGAUGAUUCAGAAUAUGCACCAGAGCAACUUCUUUUAUUUUUGUAUGCUGCCAAGCAAUGAUUACAUAUAGCCUAAUAUAACUAUAUGGAUAUAAUUGCCAACUGAGGUUGUUAUGGAGUAUUUUGUACUUCUGUAAGGUUUACUGCGCUCAACGUAGCUGCGUAGUUGGUUAAAACUAAACCAAUCAUUUAUUCAGUCACUGACUUAAAAGAGAUUCACAAUUUUCAUUGCAUUAUUAAAGUGUAAUAAGUGUGGAAGAAACUGUGUGUAUGUGUGAGUAUGUGUGUUAAUGAGUUGUUGGAGAAAUCUUUAUCUAUAGGUUAUUGUUACUGAAUGACACCACCUCCACCUUCCAGGAGAUGUGGCCGUCCGCUUCACUGGACAUUUUUCUGAUGGAACAGAAGUCGCUCAAACAUAUAGGGUCUUUUUUCCACUGGCUGGUAUUAUGGUUCCAGGUGUUAUUGUGCAUUUGUUGUGUAUAAGUGUAAUUUUGCCAAGCUGUGAUGACAGAUACAUAUUCUAUGAAGACAUUCAUAUCUGUAUGUGAGUUACUGUGUGCAUGCUGACUUUCCAUGUGUUGUUGUGUGAACACCCCUACUUUAAGACAAUGAUACUUGGAUCACUUUUGAGGCAGCUGCAACAAGAUUCUUUUUUAAUCACAAUUUUUCUCCCCCUUUUUUUUCUUUUUGUGUGGGGAGUUACACUGUUUUUGUUUUCCCAUGAUGCAUUUUCAAAUGUGUCCAGAUUAUAAUUUCUGAUUUUCCAUCUGCUGUGCCUCAAAAUGUUGCUAGGUAUCGUGGUCCAAACAGCGUUAAUUACAAGGAGGCGGGACUCAUAGAGAUCAAUUUAAAGUCACCAGACUCAGAUGCAAAGAUUUUUCAAAUGAUUUUCAGUAUUUUAGCCACUUUGUAUAUUAUUAUUAUUAUUAUUAUUAUUAUUAUUAUUAUUAUUAUUAUUAUUAUUAUUAUUAUUAUUAUUAUUAUUAUUAUUAUUAUGUAUUUAAAAAAAAUUCUAAUGUGAGAUAAAACACCUAUAAAUUUGGGCAAAUCAAUCACUCACACAUGUUUGUGUAAAUUUGAGUGUUUUACCUGGGUCUGGUUCUAUAUCUUUAUGGAUCAGUCUCCUGCUUUGAGCUACGGGAUAUGACAAGGUUUUUCCUGUACCUAAUUGACCAAUAACAAUAAAGAUUACUUAGAAUCU